UGGAAAGUUUAUGGACAUUUUAUCAAUUUAUGCAAUGCAGCUCCUCCAGUGUCGCAACCUGGAAACUGUUCGUUUCCCAGUUACAAGAAAAUGUUCAAGUGUUGCAAGAACGGGCCUAAAAGUCUGGUUUCCAGCAAAAACUCUAAGACCUCGUGCAGCUCGACCAACGGAGCUUUGAACGCGUUCAACGUCUUCUCGCUGAACAAGCAGCAACUUCUCCUCAAUUCUCCGGCCAACUCGAUCCGCUUCCAAAGUCAACAGGUCAAACUGGCCUUUGGCAAAGACGCCUGCUUUGUCAAUUGUUACUUGAUGAAAAAGAAGAUCAUGUCUGCGCAAUACGUAAUCGACGAGACCAAGCUGGCCAAAUUUCUGACCGCCAGACAAACGUGCAGCUUUUGGAAAAAGACUAUUUCAGCCGCAGCGUCCGAAUGCAUUUCCACUGUCGGAGCACUUGACAUUCCCGACUUCAUCUGGCAAAAUCAAAAUUGCCCUGGAAAUGCGUUCGUCGUGGUGCAGUGCGUCCUCCUCAGAACGAUCCACAGCUGCCCGAACACAGUAUCGAGCAUUUCGUGCAUAACAAGGUACCAACUGUUCAACAAGUGCUACCCAAACAUUCUUACUCAGGCAAUAUGAAGCUUAUGAAGACUACGAAGGAGCUGUUCCUAAAAUGAUGUG